GGAAAAAAGAAAAAAAAGGAAAAUCUAAGAGGAAAAAAAAGGAUGAAAGGAAAAAAGAAAAAAAAAAGGGGAAAUCUAAAUGGGAAGAAGAAAAGUAAGAAAGACGCAAGCCUAGUCGAGGGGAGAACUACGGUCGCCGUUGUUCUGCAGAACUGUGCUAAGUUUUGAUUUCCUCUUUACUCCGAAGUGCAGCUGAAUUUCAACUUCCUAUUUAAAAACGAUUCUGGGAAGUUGAUAUUUGUCUGGAAGAUUUAGGGUAUUGAUUGAAAAUAAUCGUAUAGUGAUCGAUGAGACCGAUACGUUUGACGGAGCCACCUAGCCCUACCAUGGCCAAAGCAGAAAUCUUUGAAGGCGACGUUUAUGGCGUUAUAAGGCGUGCGGUUGUCAUCGGUAACGGCUCUUCCGGCUCUGAGAAUCAGUGUAUCGGUUUGGUUCAGGCGCUUGGCUUGGCUGAUAAGCAUGUGCUCUAUCGGGUUACAAGGCCUAGAGGAGGAAUAAAUGAUUGGCUCCACUGGCUUCCAGUUUCUCUUCACAAAAAAUUAGAUUAUAUCAUGACCCUGAUAGGUGUUUACACUCGGAUUUUGAUGCGAUCCGAAGGGAGGAAACUUAUGCCUCUAUCUUCAGAAAAUGGCGGAAGCCAGGGCUUGUCAUGCAUUUUAGAAGCUGACUUGAAGCAUAUUGUAUCUACGGUUCGGGAGACUUAUGAAAAGGAUGGACCUUUGUUGGUGGUUGCAUCUGGUAGGGAUACCAUAACUAUUACGAGUUCCAUUAGACGACUGGUAUCAGAGAAUGUUUUUGUUGUGCAGAUUCAACAUCCACGGUUGCGUUUGAAUCGGUUUGACAUGGUCAUCACGCCUCAUCAUGAUUAUUAUCCUUUAACUCCUCUAGCACAAGAGCAAGUUCCUCGAUUUAUAAGGAAGUGGAUAACUCCACGGGAACCACCGGAUCAACAUGUGGUCUUGACUGUUGGAGCCCUGCAUCAGAUUGAUUUUGCUGCAUUACGUAGUGCAGCUAGUGCAUGGCAUGAUGUGUUUGCUCCUCUUCCAAAACCCUUAUUGGUGGUCAACAUAGGAGGGCCUACAAGUUGCUGUCGAUAUGGUGUGGAUCUUGCAAAGCAGCUGGUAACCAGUUUGCUGAGUGUUCUUGCAAGCUGUGGAAGUGUCAGAAUAUCCUUCUCAGACAGAACUCCUGAGAAGGUGUAUAAUGUUAUUGUGAAAGAACUUGGGGAUAAUCCAAAAGUUUACAUCUGGGAUAGACAAGAGACAAAUCCGCACAUGGGCCACUUAGCUUGGGCAGAUGCAUUUGUUGUAACAGCAGAUUCGGUUAGCAUGAUUAGUGAGGUUUGCAGUACUGGGAAGCCUGUCUAUGUCAUUGGAACUGAGCGUUGUAAGUGGAAGUAUUCAGCAUUCCAUAAAUCCUUGAAGGAGAGAGGAGUCAUCCGCCCAUUUACAGGGACUGAGGAUAUCUCAGAAAGCUGGAGUUAUCCUCCACUGAACGAUACGGCAGAAGCAGCUACUCGGGUGCGGGAGGAACUAGCCAAGCGUGGCUGGAGAAUACGGCCAUAGGAAGUCUAGUGAGAAGUGUUACACACAACGUACGCUCCAGAUGUCAUAAAAAUGGGGCCCCUUCAUUAUUUGAGCAAUACUUUUGUACAAUGGUGCACAUAGGAACAGAGAAUUACAAGCAUUAAUGGUUUCAAAUCCAAUUCUUGGACAAAACUUAAGAAAAGAAUAAUGAAGCUAGUAGCAGCUGUUUGUUAGUGCGGCUUGUAUUAUAGGCAGAGGCUUUGGCUUGCUCUUUUCCACAGAUAUGGCAGCUCUUAGAUUUUGUUGAGAUAAUUUUUAUACCGUACGGUGGGAUAUAUAUUUGUUGUAAAUUGGUUCAUUUUAUUUGAGAAAAAUAAGCAAAGUUAUAAAUGAUUUUGUUACUAGCUACUGUUGGAACAAACAGAUAUGAAACUGACCAUUGGUUUGGUGGAAAUUGGUUCUCUGUGUAUAAAUCAUUGAAUGAGUUUGACA